CACAUGUCAGUUAGCUGUUCUUUCUUCUCUCUCUCUCUUCAAGCCAUAAUCUCAUUUUCAACCAUUUUCGUCUCACCCCUUAAAAAAAGAAAAAAAAAAAAGGUUGUUGCUGAAACUUGCAGGGAAUCUGAAUUGAAAUAUGGCCAUAGAUGCUGUUGAAUCUCCGUCUCUUUCCCAUUUCAGUCAACAACGCCACUUCUAUGUUGCCGUCGACAGGCUCCAAUACAAGAUGGUGACGUUGCUGGACUUGCUGGGCAUGGCGGGGGACCGUCCAGGCCUGCCAAUGGUGGUCACGUGCAGCUCACGUGACGAGCUCGACGCUGUUUGUUCCGCCGUCUCCGGUCUCCCCUUCAUCUCUUUGGCCCCUUUGUACAGUGACCUUCCAGAAGCAGAUCGUGCAUCGGUUCUAGAGAACUUCCGGCAAGCAACGACAAGGUGGAACCAAAAAGUUAGUGCCGAAUCAGGAGCGGACUGUGAUAUUGGCAAAGAUGAACAAAAAACUCAUAUGAUUGUCGUAACGGAUGCAUGCCUUCCUCUUAUUUCUUCUGGGGAGGCACCUAUUGCUGCUCAUGUUCUAAUAAAUUUUGAGUUACCAACAAAGAAGGAAACAUACACGAGACGGAUGUCAACUUGUUUGGCCUCAGAUGGCUUUGUAAUCAAUAUGGUUGUUGGGGGUGAGGUAGUGACGCUCAAAAGCCUUGAAGAGAACAGCAAUCUUGUAAUAGCUGAGAUGCCAAUAAAUAUUUAUGAGAUACUGUGAAGAAAUCUGAUCUUCGAAACAAGCCGGAAAAAGACAUGUCAGAACACUUAGAUCCACAUACUGAUGGCGAUGGUUGACAAAAUUGUCUAUGAUUUAAUGCUCUCCGAGUAGAUGUAACUAACCGUUUUUCUUCCCCCCUGUUCAAUUCAGAUGCAGAAUAGUGUAUUUUAUGCUUCCAAAUGGUACGCUUUGCAUGUUUAUUAUUGGAUAAACUGAUGUUUGGAGAGGAAAGGAAAAAAGGAAACUUGGGCAGAACAGAUAAAUGUUGGUACAGAAAUCUUCUUUUUUAGUGAAAAAAGAUAUUUGGCAGGAAAUGAAGGGAUAAUUAAGUGGUGA